CAAUAUCAGAAUUCAGAAGUAAGAAAGCAGUAGUAGUAGUAAUUUAAUGGCAGGGAGCGUACAGGUGUCCCUUCCAAUUUCAUGGAGUCUCCACCACCAGCACAAGCAGCGGCAACCGUUGUCUGCCACAACCUGUGCUCUAAGCAAGCAGGGCCACCGCUUCUUCUCCUCCCUCGCCGCCGCAGCUGGAGACGACUCCUCCGCCCAACGUCUGAUCAGGAAGUUCGUCGCCUCAUCAUCCAAGCCCAUUGCUCUCAACGCCCUCUCUCAUCUCCUCUCCUCGGACAAUAUCCACCCCAAUCUCUCCUCUCUGGCUCUCCCCUUGUACACAAGGAUCACCACAACUUCUUGGUUUUAUUGGAACCCUAAGCUGGUGGCAUGUCUCAUUGCUUUACUGGAUCAGCAAGGACAGUUUGAAGACGCGGAAACCCUACUCUCUGAAUCGGUUCAGAAGUUAGGGUUUCGAGACGGAGACCAAGACCUGGCUAUCUUUUACUGCGAUCUGAUCGAUUCCUGUUCCAAGCGCGGAUCAAAGCAAGGUGUUUUAUGGUCUUACGGACAUCUGAAGCAACUCCUGUUCGAUUCCCCCAAUUUUUCUCUGAGACGACGAGCUUCCGAGAUGAUGAUACGAGGCUUGUGUACCCUGGAUCUUCCCCAUGAAGCCGAGAAAUUGAUGGAGGAGAUGACGGCUUUGGAAGGAUUCAAGCCCUCUCCCUUUGAAUUCAAGUGUAUCAUAAAUGGGUAUGGGAGAACAGGAUCUUUCACCGAGAUGCGAAGGGUUCUUGGACUGAUGGAGGAUGAAGGGUACGUUUUGGAUACAAUCUGUUCGAAUAUAGUUCUUUCGUCGUAUGGCGCUCAUUCGGAGCUAUCAGAAUUGGUAUCAUGGCUUCGCAAGAUGAAGGAUUCAGACAUUCAGUUCUCGUUUCGUACUUACAAUACCGUCUUGAAUUCAUGCCCGACAAUUAUGUCGAUUCUUCGAGAUCCCAAGCUUCUUCCCCUUACGAUGGAAGGACUGAUUGAGAAGUUGCCGAAAGAAGAGGGUUUUCUGGUUGAAGAACUGAUUGGAUCGCCAGUGCUAAUGGAAACCUUGAAAUGGAGUUGUUCAGAGGGGAAGUUAGAUUUGCACGGAAUGCACUUGGGUUCUGCCUUGGUGAUCAUGUUACAGUGGAUGGAAGAGCUUAGAUCAGGUUUCCAUAGUGGGAGUUUGGUCGUUCCGGUGACGGUUAUCAUUGUCUGUGGGGCGGGAAGGCAUAGUGGCGUUAGGGGAGAGUCGCCGGUGAAAGCUCUGAUUAAGGAGAUGAUGAUUCGGCUGAGAAGCCCUUUGAGAAUUGAUCGGAAAAAUGUUGGUUGCUUUGUCGCCAAAGGGAAAGCAGUGAAGGAAUGGCUAUGUUUGCAGCACUAGAAUGUCU